AUGCUUCAUCAAUGGUUUUUAAUUUUAAAUUCGCUUGUCGUUGUCUUAUUUCUUUCGGGUAUAGUUGCUACUAUUCUUUUACGUAUAUUAUGUAAAGAUAAUCCGCGUUAUAGUCGAAUAGUUGGUACUGGUAGUGCAAAAGAACAAUUUGGAUGGAAGUUAAUUUAUGGUGAUGUAUUUCGUCCACCACAAAAAUCUAUACUUUUGUCUACUCUUGUUGGUAAAGGUGUUCAAAUUGCAAUGACAUUUUAA